AGAUAAUAGUCAGAGGUCAAAGUUGACAUUACCAUGUGUGAAUGAAUUCAGUCUGCUGUGGAACGUUUAGCUUCAGAAACCCUCCGUUUUUGAUUGUAUUCGUUGAAGUUUACAACUGUAGUUAUUAAAAUAAGUUUCUGCACUUCGGUUUAAAGAAAAAUAGCGCCGAACUCUUUCGCUGAUGGAGCACUUUGCAUUUUGUAGCUGCUAUUGUUUAGCUCGACAUGUUUAAAAUCCGACCACUGUUAAACACCUUCGUGAACUACAGACAGACUCUGAGGAGAAACGGAUGUGCUGUUAAGUUUUUGUCCACAAUGAGUGACGAGUCCACGGAUCAGCAGACAGAAAAGCUGCUGAAAAGGCCAAACGAGGAGAACGAGGAGUCUGAGAGGGUUAACAAGAAAGUAAAAACCGAUGGAGAAAACACGGACGAUGACAAGAAAUACCCCAAAAAGAAAGUGGUUCUCCUUCUGACAUAUUCUGGGAAGGGAUACUAUGGCAUGCAGAGGAACACUGGAAACUCCAAGUUUAAGACCAUUGAAGACGAUCUGGUCACUGCUCUCGUUAAAUCUGGAUGCAUUCCCGAAGACCACGGCGACGACAUGAAAAAGAUGUCUUUCCAAAGAUGUGCCAGGACAGAUAAAGGUGUUUCUGCUGCUGGCCAAGUAGUUUCUCUGAAGCUGCGGUUAGUUGAGAACAUAAAGGAAAGAAUCAAUGAACAUCUGCCCCCACAGAUCAGGGUACUUGGACUUAAACGGGUGACCCAGGGAUUCAACUCCAAAAAUAGCUGUGAUGCUCGAACAUACUGCUACAUGCUUCCGACAGUGGCCUUUUCCUCAAAGGAUUACAACACUGGGAAUAGCGCUGCCUUCCGUCUGGACCCAGAGACACUUAAGAGGGUGAACUGUCUUUUUGCCUUCUACAAAGGCACUCAUAACUUUCAUAACUUCACCUCCCAGAAGGCUCCAAAUGACCCCAGCGCCCGUCGAUACAUCAUAGAGAUGUCCUGUGGGGAGCCCUUUAUCCGCAGUGAUAAUGAGUUUGCAGUGAUCACUGUACGAGGCCAGAGCUUCAUGCUGCAUCAGAUUCGCAAGAUGAUUGGCCUGGUCAUUGCAGUCAUCAAGGGCUAUGCAAAAGAAGAGAUAAUAGAACGAAGCUGGGGACAGGAGAAAGUGGAUGUUCCCAAAGCUCCUGGACUCGGGCUGGUUCUAGAAAGAGUUCAUUUUGACAGGUACAACAAACGCUUCGGAGGGGACGGUCUGCACGAGCGGCUGGAGUGGGAUCAUGAGGAAGAGGCCAUCAAGGCCUUCAAAGAGGCUCACAUUUACCCCACUAUUGUUGAGACAGAGUGUCAGGAGGGCUCCUUGGUCAACUGGAUGUCAACUCUUCCCAUCCAUGACUUUGAAGCAUCAGCUGCUGAAGCGCGAGACAAUAAGAGUCAAAAGCAGGAAAAUGCAGAUGAAGGGAACAACUCCGAUUAGGUCAGCCCUUUUGCAGCAAGAUGCGUUUUGUUGGAUGCAAUUCUAUUUUAAGUUCUGUAUAACUGAGGUAUUUUAAUUUAAGAAAAGAACAUCACUCAAAUGCAACAUAUAUUAACAUAAUAAAGUCCUCUCAGUUCUUUGUGACAA